CAGUGGGUUUUUUUGUGUCAAUGACAUCACCCUCCUCCCCAUGGCAACCCCCGACGAUAUCAAAAUUGCCAGGCAACGUUGGAGCUGCUCGCGCCCUAAAGGAGCAGGUCGCUGCCUGAGGAUCUAAUGGAGAAAUCCCAAAGUGAGCUGGGGUGCACGGUGGAGGAGGGGCGCGCCGCGGCCGGGGCUACGGGGCCCUGAUCAAUCGGCCAGAGGAAGGCGGGAGAAGCUGCUGCUUGCUCCAUAGCCUGGACACGCUGGAGGCUCCACGCCAGCUCCUCCUGAAAGCAGCGGCGGACCACAGCAGGUGGGGGGAGGGCACUGCUCUGUUCCUGACGUACCGGGAGCAGCAAGCAGCCAUCCAGGUGACUAAGCCGGCCCACCGUCACUGAGUCACCCACCCGCCUUGGCUUUUCUUCCUUCCCCCUUUGCAUCUGAUUAUUUGGGGAGCUGAAAACUUGGAGGUGUACCUGAGACCCGCCCCUUCUCUAACUCUCCCCUCCCUGCCUUGGAGGAAGAUGGAACUCGCUGGGAAGCUGCCACUACCCCCUAAGGACAUGGAAGGCACGGAGGGAGCCAGAGGUGCCCAGGGAGAGACCGCAGCUGGCAGAGUACAAUAGCAGACAUGGUGAUCAGGCUGCCCCUGUGUCCUCUGAAGGUGCUAGAAGAGAAGGGGAGUCUGGUCCACACCGACUGGAGUCCUCCUGUGUUGGCUUUGAGCUCACCUCUUAAGGGGAUCUUCCUGUAAGCGUGUGGCUUCAGGGGCCAUUGGUAUUUGGAAAGCAAGGCUGGAUUGGCAUAGGCAGGCCUGUGCAGGUAGAGCAGCUUUCGGGGCUUCAGACAAUCACCAGCCUGUGGUGGGAGAGGCUGAGGCCCAGUUGCCUGGAAGGAGUGCCAAGGCCAGCAGAGGAAGGUCCUGGGAUCUUCCCUCCCCUUCGUGCUCUAGAGAGCUGACUGAAGAAUAGUGAAAGGCGAGGAGAGAAGGCCACAGGAGGCACCAUGUUCCGAAAGAAAAAGAAGAAACGCCCCGAGAUAUCGGCCCCACAGAACUUCCAGCACCGCGUCCACACCUCCUUUGACCCCAAGGAAGGCAAGUUCGUGGGCCUCCCCCCACAAUGGCAGAAUAUCUUGGACACCUUGAGGCGGCCCAAGCCUGUGGUGGAUCCUUCUCGAAUCACACGGGUGCAGCUGCAGCCCAUGAAGACGGUGGUGCGGGGCAGCUCAGUGCCCACGGAGGGCUACAUCUCAGGGCUGCUCAACGACAUCCAGAAGUUGUCAGCAAUCAGCUCCAAUACCCUGCGCGGACGCAGCCCCACGAGCCGGCGGCGGGCACAGUCGCUGGGGCUGCUGGGGGAUGAGCAAUGGGCCGCUGACCCGGAUAUGUACCUUCAGAGUCCUCAGUCUGAGCGCACUGAUCCCCAUGGCCUCUACCUCAGCUGCAAUGGGGGCACACCAGCAGGUCACAGGCAGAUGCCGUGGCCGGAGCCACAGAGCCCACCGGCCCUGCCCAACGGGCUGGCUGCCAAGGCACAGUCCUUGGGCCCUGCUGAGUUCCAGGGUGCCUCGCAGCGCUGCCUGCAGCUGGGUGCCUGCCUACCGAGUUCCCCACCUGGCACCUCACCCCCUAUGGCCACAGGGAGGCGUGGGGUGAAGGCUGCCAAGCAUAGCUCAGAGGAGGUGCGGCCACAGUCCUGCCUGGUGGGCUCAGCCACUGGCAGGCCAGGCGGAGAAAGCAGCCCUAGCUCUAAGAACCAGGAAAGCAGCCUCAAGCACCGGCUCUUCCGAAGCAUGUUCCUGUCCACUCCCGCCACAGGCUCUGCAAGCAGCAGCAAGCCAGUCCCUCUGCCACAGAACAAGCUCAAUUCCGCUUUCCGACCGCCACAGAAAGAUUCCUCCUCAAACCUGGUGGCCAAGGCCCAGUCCUUGCCCUCGGACCAGCCUAUGGGGACCUUCAGCCCCCUGACCACCUCGGAUACCAGCAGCCCCCAGAAGUCCCUCCGCACAGUCCCAGCCACUGGCCCACUUCCAGGCCGGUCUUCUCCAGCAGGCUCCCCCCGCACGCGGCAUGCUCAGAUCAGCACCAGCAACCUAUACCUGCCCCAGGACCCCACCGUGGCCAAGGGAGCCCUGGCCGGCGAGGACACGGGCAUUGUGACACACGAGCAGUUCAAGGCUGCACUCAGGAUGGUGGUGGAUCAGGGUGACCCCCGGCUGCUGCUGGACAGCUAUGUGAAGAUUGGGGAGGGCUCCACGGGCAUUGUGUGUCUGGCCCGGGAGAAGCAUUCGGGUCGCCAGGUGGCCGUUAAGAUGAUGGACCUCAGAAAGCAGCAACGCAGGGAGCUGCUCUUUAAUGAGGUGGUGAUCAUGCGUGACUACCAGCACCUCAACGUGGUGGAGAUGUACAAGAGUUACUUGGUAGGCGAGGAGCUGUGGGUGCUGAUGGAGUUUCUGCAGGGCGGGGCCCUCACAGACAUCAUCUCCCAAGUCAGGCUGAAUGAGGAGCAGAUUGCUACCGUGUGUGAGGCUGUGCUUCAGGCCUUGGCUUACCUGCACGCCCAGGGUGUCAUCCACCGAGACAUCAAGAGUGACUCCAUCCUGCUGACCCUCGACGGCAGGGUAAAGCUCUCAGACUUUGGAUUCUGUGCUCAGAUCAGCAAAGAUGUCCCCAAGAGAAAGUCCCUCGUAGGAACCCCAUACUGGAUGGCUCCUGAAGUGAUCUCCAGAUCUCUGUAUGCUACCGAGGUGGAUAUCUGGUCUUUGGGCAUCAUGGUGAUUGAGAUGGUGGAUGGAGAGCCUCCCUACUUCAGCGACUCCCCAGUGCAAGCCAUGAAGAGGCUCCGGGACAACCCCCCACCCAAGUUAAAGAACUCUUAUAAGGUCUCCCCAGUGCUGCGAGACUUCCUGGAGCGGAUGCUGGUACGGGAACCCCAAGAGAGAGCCACGGCCCAGGAGCUCCUGGAUCAUCCCUUUCUGCUGCAGACAGGGCUGCCUGAGUGCCUGGUGCCUCUGAUACAGCUCUAUCGCAAGCAAACCUCCACCUGCUGAGUUCACACCCAGGGUGCACCUGCCGCCUGUGCCCACAGGCCAAGGACGCUGGGCAGCCAGUCCGCUGGCAGGGCCUACCUGCCUUGUUCUCUCAGUAUUCUCUCCAAAGAUUGAAUGUGAAGCUCCACCCCUUCCCUCUUGACCUUCUGCCCACUGGGCCAGGCCGGACCUGCCCCCCUCAAUCUCACUCCCCAGAGUCCCAGUUGCCUUUGGGAUGACAGUGACCCCUUUUGCAGGUUUGGCCCUUUGCAAUUUGCACAGGGAUGUUUCUAAAGAAACACGGAGAGUGGUGCUCCUGGCCACCGGUCAGCAAAGCUGACAGGCCGCUGCAGAUUUUAAAAAGCAGUGUCCACUAGUGUCCCGGGCCACCGAGUGGGUGUGUGCCCCAUCUUCACACGGAUACUUGCUAUUCUCAGUUACCGCUUCAGACCCUGGAGUCCCAGACGGCCACGGGGAAGAAUUUUAUUACCCGAGUCCUUCUUCCUCCCUGGGUCUGACUUCUGGAAGCCCUACUUGCCCCUGUUUCUGUCUGUCCCCUGGCACAGCCUCUCCCCAGAAGGCCUCCACAGAACUGUGAAUUGCCUGUGUGUAGACCAUGGGAGUAGCAAGGGGAUCUUCUGAGAGAGAGCGUGUGGCUGAUGGUAAAAGUGGCUCCUCCAUUUUUCAGGAUGGAGAGAACAUAUUCUCAUUCUCCCCCCCCCCCUGUGUGUGUGUCUGUGUGUGUGUGCCUGUGUGUGUGUGUAAAGUCCCCCCAAAGGCCCAGGCCUUUCCAGUUGCCCACAGAGAGCUUCAGAAGAGCUGCACCCCCCGCCCCAGCCUUCUUUUCUACCAAGCUCUACUUUGAAGGGACCUGCUUUGGGGCCUGGCUUUCUGCCUCUCAAGUCUCAUGUUAUUACCUGAACAGUGAAGGGGUGUGUGUAUGUCAAGUCUAAACACAUGCUGGGGGGCUCUGAAGUUUCUGAGUUUCUCCCAUACUGAGACAGGAAUUGCUUUACCUGCCAGCAACUUCUCAGUAGCCAGAUCAUCAGGGACCCUCUUUGGAACCCUGGGCUGGGACAGAAAGGUGAACCACCUCCUGCAGAGUGGGGAAGGCUCAUGUCAAGGAAUGGGUACCUCCAUGUGUGAACCAGCUGCCCCUGCAGAUGCUUACCUUCCCCCUUGUCCCCCCUCCCUCCCCACCUUCCCGGCUGUUGUGAGACAGGGAAUGCCAAGGAAGAACUCCACUGUCUGGACUGCAUCCAGAUAAUAUUUUUAGAUUCCUCUGCUCCCUGAUGACCUGCAUUAGGGCAAAGAAAUCGCAAGGUCUUUUUUUAAGGGUCAGAGUUUUAAAAACAAAAGCAUCUUCCCUAGAAAUUUUUGUGAGUUGUUUGCAACUUGUGCCUGUUUUAAAUUAAACUGAAUG